AUGGAUUCUGAAAAGGAAGCCAUCCAGCAUUUGGAUGGCGCUGACGCGCCUUCCUCCAAGGAUGAGAGAGACGAGUUUACCUGGACCGAAGAGGAAGAGACCAAGAUCAGACACAAGAUUGAUUGGCACACCGUGCCAUGGGUCACCGUACUGUACAUGUUCUGUUUCCUAGAUCGCAUCAACAUCGGGAAUGCAUUAAUUCAAGGUCUACGAGUAGAUUUAGACCUCGGAAAGGGCCUCCGUAUCAACUGGGCGCUCGCAAUCUUCUACAUCGUCUACCUUACCGUCGAAGUACCCAGCAAUAUUAUUCUUAAACGUGUCGGGCCCCGUUUCUGGAUUCCCGCCCUCGUUGUCGGGUUCGGAAUUGUCACAAUUGGCAUGGCAUUUGUCAAGUCAUACGAGGGAUUGUUGGCCGCGAGAGCAAUCCUCGGAAUUUUCGAGGGAGGCACGUUCCCUGGUAUUGCCUUCUACCUUAGUUCCUUUUAUAAGAGGAGGGAGCUUCUAUUCCGCAUCGGAAUCUACGUGUCGGCUGCCUCCCUUGCUGGUGCUUUUGGCGGCCUCCUGGCUGCGGCUCUUUCAAAGGUUCCCGAAUGGGGUGCUGCUGGGGCUAGGCUUCACCAAUGGCGGAAUAUUUUCUUUUUCGAAGGCAUCAUUACCGUCAUCAUCGGCUCCAUAGCCCCUUUCUUCCUGCCCGCCUCUCCUUCCCAGGCUAAAUUUCUCACGGAAAGGGAGCAGCGCAUCGCUGCCGAACGCCUCCUCGUAGAGCACCGAGAAAAUCCCGAACCCAAGGUCGAACUAAGGCACAUCAAGCGAGCUUUCCUUUGCCUUCACAAUUACACUUGCGCUCUCGGCUUCUUCCUGAUCAACAUCACGGUCCAGGGUCUAUCCGUCUUCAUGCCUACCAUCAUUGCUGAUUUGAAGAUUGAUGUCAACCCGCAGCUCUUGACUGUGCCUCCUUACGUAGCCGCAUGCUUGGUGGCCGUUUUGAUCGCCUACAUUAGCGACAAGACUAAGCGGCGCGGUAUCUACCUGGCAGUCUUCGCCAUUCCUGCUACUAUUGGCUUUGCGCUUUUACGGUGGUACACGGAUAAACCAAGUGUCCGCUACAUGGCCGUCUUCUUCGUUACCAUUGGCGCAUUCCCCGGCGGUCCGGCAUUCUUGAGUUGGGCAAUCAACAAUACUGGUGGUCCUGCAGUGCGAGCCGUGUCGAGUGCUUAUGUUGUGACGCUUGGAACUAUUGGUGGUAUUGUAGCAACUUUCACCUACGUUGCUUCGGACGGACCAGCGUACCCCAUUGGCCACUCUAUCAACUUGGGAGGCCAAAUUGCGGUGUUCUUCCUUUCCAUCUUCGGCAUUCUGUACUGCAUGUGGGAGAAUAAGAUGAGGAGGUCUGGUAAGAGAGACCACAGGCUCGAAGGACUAAGUGCACAUGAGGCCCGAGAUCUCGGCUACCGCCACCCCGAUUUCAAGUAUAUCACUUAA